UAACCUGCGCUGCAAUUCCUCCCCCCUCCCUCAGUUUGCCCCAACUACACUCCGUCCUCCCCGCCGCCCCUGUCUAAGUUCCUGGCACACCAUCGCCCACCUCUGCCAAGAUCUGUCCCACCUGCCUCCAGAGUGCACCCACUGUGGAGGCGAGUAACUCACUGAAGGUAGUAAUCACGUAGGGCCCACUACAAUAUACCAUGGAGGCUGCAAGCCCUCUCAUCAACCGCUUGCCUCUACGGCAUCUGAGCAAACCCCGCAAAACGACCUAUUCCGACGACAACGGUAGCGUCGUACAAACCUUCCCGUCGAGACGUCUUUCGCGACACAUUUUCGUGGAGUCCGCUCCUCAUGAACGAAUGGCUCCGACACCAGCUGCAGCUGCUCACGCAGCUCUCGACUUCUCCGCUCGCACCCCGACUGCGCUUCCCGCGUCGCCCUCCGCAUCGGCGACAUCGUCGUUCGGUCGCAUCGCGAGCCGUGCGUCGCUUUUUGCCGCCGCGCCCGCAGCCGACGCCCUCGACAUGUCUCGUCCGUCCGUUUUGCUCGGCGCUGCCGGACUGCUGCCGGCCGCUUCCUGUCGACUGCGACUACAGUGGCGCCAGCAGCUCAGUCGGCGCGAAAACGCAUGAGGGUAGCGGCUCGAACUUCGACGAGUCUGAUAUGUUCAGCGACCUACCCGCCGAGCGCCUGUGCUUCGCGGAAAGACUAUCUCAAGAGUCGAAGAUAGGCGGCUCCCGCGGGACGAAGAGGACCGCAGAAGACUUGGCGGAGCGGAGAGUGCGCGGCAAGUCGGAGAAGAUGGGCGCAAACAACGGGGACGCCGCCGUACUCGACAGCGAUGAUUGUGCCGAAUCGCUCCCUCUCUGGUCUGGCGCUACCUGCUGGGGGGAGUCCGAAGCUGCGGCGAAGCAUCUGCGUGGCGCGUCUGAUGGCCGAUCGCCGUCGACAAGCCUUCCGUGGUGGGUGCUCGAGGCGCUUGGGGAAGACGAGGAGGGGGAAGGGGAGGUUGACGGCGUCGCGCCAACGCCGGCUUCCCCCGCCGACUCCGCAUGCUCCGCCGCUGCUGGUGGCGAUUACUCGCGCGGCAGUAGUGUUGGCGGAGACCCGGCGGAGGUUGAAAGCUCACUCGCUGGCGAAUCGGUUCGCGGCGGGGAUCUUAUCUGCGCGGAAUACGCGCAGUCAUUCCUCGCCGUUGUUCCGCCGAGUGCUCUGAGCGGAGCUUGCGUCGGCGCCUGGGAAGAGCCGUUGGGCGCGGAAGACAUCGGCGCGCUUCUGCAGGCGGAGCUUUGCGGAGAUGCAUUCACGGCGCGGAGUGUGGUGGGGAUGGGGAAGGGUCGGCAGACGCGGAGAAGACGUUGGAUGCCUUGUGCGCGGAUGAUGUGCUCCGCGCGCACUGCUUUGCGGACGAGGCGGAGACUGGGGGAAAACUGGAGGGUGUGGAGGCGGAGGGGGAGAUGCAGCAGUGGGAGCUGGGGGGAUUGGGGAUGUGGUGCUGGGAGGGCGCUUGAUGGCAUGCUAGGGCUUCGGUGGAAACCACACGCUGUUUCUGUGACCAUACACUUACCCUCUGAAAUGCGUACGAAUGCGGCGUGCUGAAAGGUGGUGACUUGAAGGGGAGGAUCGCAAGCGUAUCACCCUCGUUUUUUUCCGAAGGGCUUCGCACGUCUCGUGCUGCGCCUUCUGGCCUUGGGAGCUGUUGUAGCAGCUCCGUAACUUGUACCAUAUUGCUAACCGCUAACAUAUGUAAGAGCGAGUAGUUAGUCUAGCUGCCCUUGAUGUGGUGCACUUGUUCUGUACAGUAGUGCUAGUUUUGGACUUACUCUUUCACCCUGGACCCUAAGGGCGGGUUCCUUCUAGCCUUGUAUCAGACUUGCAGCUUUCGCCUGAGUGAUGAGAAUUCCGAGCGUGAAACAGUU